GAUGUUUUUUAAGGUUCUUACUUUUGAAAGUAGCGAUGUCAAAUGAAUGCAGUUUCGAACUGAAUACCAGGGUAAAUGUUUAUUCAUACAAGAUGAAUUGCAGCCUUUGCAUGAGUAACCAAACUCUUGCAUGAUAGGAGUUUUGUUACUCAUGCAAAGGCUGCAUUCAUAUAAGAUCAUUAAGAAACAAGGGUCACAAACAUAUCAUUUACACAGGAGUUUGGUAAAUUUCCUGCUUAUAUUUUUAUAUUGGACUCACAACUUCACAAAAAUAUCAUGUUUCACCAUCUUUUAAUCCACCCCCGUACCUAAGUGUGAUAUGUGGAUGACAGUCAUAGAUCCCACAGAAUAUAAACACAAGUCAAUAUGACAAUCAUAGAUGCUUCCAGAGUAUAUUCGGCACAAAAGAUGAUCAAAGGCAAGGUUUGUGUAACAGGGGCCUCGGGGUAUAUAGCGUCUUGGCUGGUCAAGCGUCUCCUUUUAUCUGGCUAUUUGGUCGUUGGAACAGUCAGAGAUCCAGGAGAUGACAAAAAAUUGGAGCAUUUGUGGAGGCUUGAAGGGGCAAAAGAGAGGCUGAAGUUAGUAAAGGCUGAUUUAAUGGAAGAAGGAAGCUUUGAUGAAGCAGUUAUGGGUUGUGAGGGUGUUUUUCACACUGCUUCCCCUGUUGUUGGAGUCAAGCAAGAUCCAAAGACAGAAAUUCUGGAACCUGCAGUAAACGGAACACUGAAUGUGCUGUCUUCAUGCAAGAAGAACCCAUCACUGAGACGCGUGGUUCUUACCUCGUCUUCAUCAACUGUUAGAAUAAGAUUGGAUAUUGACCCUGAUGUUCCACUUGAUGAAUCAGUUUGGAGCUCCACUGAAGUUUGUGAAAGAUUCCAGGUAUGGUAUGCGCUAUCCAAAAUCCAGGCAGAGAAAGCAGCAUGGGACUUCUGCAAGGAGAACAACAUCGAUUUAGUGACUAUCCUUCCUGCUUUUAUAAUUGGACCUAGUCUUCCUCCUAAUCUUUGCUCAACUGCCUCUGAUGUUCUUGGCUUGUUUCAAGGAGAUACUAGCAAAUUUGUGUUUCAUGGAAGGAUGGGAUAUAUUCACAUUGAUGACAUAGCUCUGUGCCACAUCUUGGUUUAUGAACGUGAAGAAGCGCAUGGCCGAUACAUUUGUAGCUCCACUGUAAUGGAGCAUUAUGAGUUAGCAUCUUUUCUAGCAUCCCGAUAUCCAUCUUAUCCUAUUCCGAAAGGGUUUACGAAGCUGGAAAGACCAUACUACACCUACAACACUUCCAAGAUUGAGAGUUUGGGGUUCAAGUUCAGGCCACUAGAAGAGAUGUUUGAUGAUUGUGUAAACUCACUUGUAACUCAGGGCCAUCUCCAGUAACCUAAAAUAUCUACUUUUGAGUCUUUUAGACAAAAUUGCUUAAUGCACUUGAUCAUAUACUUUUAAGAAUUGUUAUUAACUUGUUAUCAAAUUAAAUACAAGUAUACAACAAAA